CCGCGACUCGCCUCCUAUUCCAGGCAAGGGCCCAGUUGCCGGGAUCUGAGAAAGACUACUUUGGCCAGAUCAACAAACGCACCAGCACGCCGCUCAAGCCCUGUCUUUCCGCCCGGCCAGCUUACGAGGUUCUCGGGGCACUUCUGUUUCUUUAAAAAGGCAGCAGUUUCCAUUUAGCAGCGACGUUUACUACUUGUUUUGACGUUUGCUGCUCUCUCGUUUGCGCUGGCGUGGGUAAUCGAAACCUUGCCUCCUCCACAACCCGCUUCCGUCGAAAUUCCCCUUCAGCUCGAACCAUUCGCCUGGCGAACUGAGCCAUGGCAGCACACAAUGCUUUGCCAGUAGCUUCUAUACCGGUACCGCAUGAACACCGUCGGAUAGAUUCGGCCUCCAACGCCAAUCGAGAGUCGUGGAGAUCAUCAAUGUCGAGCGAUCAGCUGCCUGGGUCGUUUCAAGACCGAGCCUUUGAGCAACAUCACGCCAGUCAGCACUCUCAUAGCCACUCCAACGGCCACGCGCACGAUCACGGCCACGACCACAGCCACGAUCAUGGACACUAUCAUGGGCAUGAUCACGGCCACGACCAUUCCCAUGCCCAUAACUCCAGCAACAGCCACUCCUACGCGCAACCUCAACCUCGCGAUAGAACAGGAUCCCAAGCCUCGUAUCUGAGCGCACGUCCCGGGUCCAUGGCACUGGACGGCUGGACGCUCGAGAAGACGGCAAGCGGCAAGAGCGUCAUUGCCCCCGGCUUUGAGACCGAAUCGGCGCCUUAUACACCCCCGAAGCCCACGCAAAAACAAGAAAUGAUUGACCGUAGCGUGGAACGGUCGUGGUUCACAAAUGCUCUAUUGCCAUACACAUCUAACUAUCCUCUGAUUCAUGCAAUCAUGCUAGAGAAGGACUCUCGGCGCAUCUUUUACUUUAUGACACUCAACUUUGCAUUUAUGCUUAUACAAGCUUUCUACGGAUACGUUACCGAUUCACUGGGCCUGCUGAGCGACAGUAUACACAUGUUUUUCGACUGCGUUGCGCUGCUUGUUGGAUUGGUUGCUGCUGUAAUGAGCAAGUGGCCGCCCAGCCAGAGGUUUCCGUAUGGAUUUGGAAAGAUUGAAACACUGAGCGGAUUUGGCAACGGAGUAUUACUCAUGCUCCUGAGUCUUGAGAUUGCGUUCGAAGCAUUUGAGCGGCUGUGGGAAGGCACACAGACAAAGCGUCUCAGCGAACUGCUAAUUGUUAGCUCCAUGGGUCUUGCGGUUAACCUGGUUGGCAUGAUGGCAUUUGGACAUCACCAUCACCACGGUCAUGGACAUGAUCAUGGCCAUAGCCACUCCCAUGCGCCGGCGCAAAACCACGGACACAGUCACGGCCACGAUCAUAGCCACGACCAUGCGAGCGAAACGAAAGGCCACGACUGCCGAUCACACGACAAUGAGAAUAUGCACGGCAUCUACUUGCACGUUUUGGCAGAUACUCUUGGUAGUGUCUCCGUUAUUGUGUCUACAAUCCUUACCAGCCUUUGGGGUUGGUCAGGAUGGGAUCCGCUGGCGUCUUGCUUCAUUGCCACCCUCAUCUUCCUGUCGUCCCUGCCGCUGGUUGUGUCGUGUGCGAAGCGCCUGCUACUGACAGUGCCAGAAGACACCGAAUACACGUUGCGCAAUCUGCUGAGUGGAAUCAGCGAACAGCGCGGCGUCGUAAGCUACUCCGUGCCCAAGUUUUGGCGUGAUGACCGAUUUGGCGGCGACGAAGGCGACAAGCUCGUUGGUGUUGUGCAUGUAUCGGCGGCUCGAGGCUACGCUCUGGACGAGGUACGCGAUAGAGUACGCGACUACCUUGUGCAAGAAGGCAUUGAUGUCGUCGUGCAAGUUGAGCGAGAAGGCGACAAUGCGUGCUGGUGCGCGCGAGAACGAGGCUUAGUACCGCCUACGCCGAAGCCUUACUAGAAGGAGCUUCCAAGGGGCGGUGGAGGAGGAAGAGGACGAAAUACGACUUCUUGGGUAGCUCACGGCCUGCUGAGUGGACGGAUGCGCGCUGUGACAACCAGAUAUGACCUAGCAACCAUAUUGGAAGGCCAGGCUUGAUGCUCUCAGACGGAGCGUAGGCAUGGCUGAACCGAUUUUGGGAUAGCAGCGGCUGCUUUGGUUUCCAUAUGCAAGCGGAUCGCCCACUCUAGCUUGUCAAUACUCGAGAUAAUUGUCUUUUGGUAUAUUAUGUUUUUGUUUUUGAAUGGAGGGCAUUUUUGGAGGUAUUCUUUUACGGCGCCUGUUUUGUAUUUUGCAAACUCUCGCGAGAGAUGCGGCGUUGGUCUGGUCCGUCUGGAGUACACGCGCAGGGUUUAGACACACAAAGAAAUAAAAAUUAAAGAGCCAAAAAAUACACACACCAUUGUAUAUGUU